UAUAGGAAUACGGCCAUUCAGACAGAUUGGUAGCCAGAUCACCACAGAAGAACCGCUUGCACUGCCAACCACAGCCUUCUCAGGCCAAUGUCUCGGCUUUUGAAUGCUACACAGUAACCACUCCCGGCAUCCCACGCUUCCCCGGAGUGCCCUACACUUCAGGAUGUUGAUGAUCUUCCGCCACGUCAACCUCGAUCGACUUUCCUCCCCGUCGAUUCACCCAUCACCCACCACUCUAACAAUCGAUCCACCCACUCACCACCUCGCGCUUCCUCAAAAGUCUCUCCAUUGCUCCAAACCUUCGUCUCAAGCUACCACCAAAGGCAAUACCUGCCGCCAAUCUACUUCCCCAUGCGCCACCACCUACUCCUCCGGAAUCCCAACUGGGUCCCUCCCACCACGGCGGACGUGCCAACGUUGCUUGCGGGGUCCUCCCCUGACCGUUGGGUGUUCCGUCACGCCGUACUACCGGCCUAGCAACGCUUCACCCCAUAUCCGCAUUGCUUGCCUACUGUGUUUUUUUUUCUCUCUCGUCAUUUGGACGACGUUGGAUUCAAAUCUCAAGGUAAGACUUCGGGCUGCCUGACGUACAGUACAACCCAGUCGCCUCAUCUGGGGGAACAUGGGUGACGACGGGAAGCAUUCCUCAUCUUGCAAGGUCAAUGCUACCAACAUUGUUUCGGUCAAAUGGGCACUCCACUGGGUACUCGUCCUUCGACCUACAAACGCAUCUUGUUCUAUUCAUUUCAUUCCGUACGGAUAUUCCGCCCGGACUUUGCACGCUAGGGAAUGCCACGCCUCGGGAGCUAUAUACCAUAUU